GACAGGUUCUGCAAUUGUGACGCAUUUGCAGCUUCCCGCGCUCUCUCUAGACUCAGCCGAUUUUUUUGUUUAACUUCAGCCUUCUUUUGUUUAAUCUCUUCUGCGCGACAACCCGCCCAACAUGUCGUCCAAAGAGUUUGACGGCGACGCCGACGUCAAGGCCGUCACGCCGCCUUCGCCGAACCAGGAUCCCGAGAAGUCGACCGGCCAGACUGACUUCAUUCCCGAAGAUCGUCGCGAGGCUGACUUUAUGACCCGCAAUGGGCUCAACCUGCGCUCAUUCCAACGACGUGACUAUGGAACUGGCGAGAUUGAGCUCGAUCGCUCCAUGAAGAAGCGCCAUCUGCACAUGAUUGCCAUCGGUGGAUCCAUCGGUGCUGGUUUCUUCGUCGGUUCUGGUGGUGCCCUCACCAAGGGCGGACCUGCUUCUCUCCUCAUCUGCUUCUCGAUUGCUGGCAUCAUGAUCUUCAACGUCGUCCACGCCCUCGGUGAACUCGCCGUCAUGUAUCCCGUCUCCGGUGGCUUCUAUACCUACUCUGCUCGCUUCAUCGAUCCUUCUUGGGGUUUCGCCAUGGGCUGGAACUACGUCUUCCAAUGGCUCAUCGUCCUACCGCUUGAAUUAACCGUCGUCUCCUUCACCUGCCAGUACUGGAACCGAGACAUCAACGUGGCCGUUUGGAUCACCGUCUUCUGGUUUUUCAUCAUCUUCAUCAACAUUUUCGGCACCUUGGGAUACGCCGAGGAGGAGUUCUUGAGUUCUUGCUUCAAGCUCGCAGCUACCGUCAUCUUCAUGAUCGUCGCCCUGGUCUUGGUCUGUGGUGGUGGUCCCUCUGACGGCAAGUACGGCGAGUACUGGGGUGACCGACUCUGGCAUGAUCCUGGCGCCUUCCAGCAUGGCUUCCGUGGCUUCUGCUCCGUCUUCGUCACCGCCGCCUUCUCCUACUCCGGAACUGAGCUGGUCGGUCUCGCCGCCGCCGAGUCUGCCAACCCCGCCAAGGCGCUGCCCGGUGCUAUCAAGCAGGUCUUCUGGCGUAUCACUCUCUUCUACGUCCUCGGCCUCACCUUUGUCGGUCUCUUGGUCAGCUCUACCGAUGAGCGUCUCCUGGGUGCCGAGAACGCCUACCAAGAGGGAACCUCGCCCUUUGUCCUGGCCGUCAAGGAUGCUGGUCUCAAGGGCUACGAUUCCUUUAUGAACCUUGUCAUUUGCGUCUCCGUCAUUUCCAUUGGUGUCUCGUGUGUGUACGGUGGUUCCCGAACCCUGACCGCCCUCGCCCAGGAGGGAUACGCGCCCAAGAUCUUCACCUACAUCGACCGAUCUGGUCGUCCUUUGACCUCUGUCACCUUCCUUCUCAUGUGGGGUGGCCUUGCCUACAUUGUGCUGGGCUCCAAGGGUUCCCUUGUUUUCGACUGGCUUCUUGCCCUGUCUGGUCUCGCGGCUCUAUUCACCUGGGGUUCUAUCUGUGCCGCCCACAUCCGCUUCCGAAGCGCCUGGGCCCAUCAAGGCCGCUCGCUCGACGAUAUCCCCUUCAAGGCUGUUGGUGGUGUCUUUGGCUCAUGGAUGGGACUUGGUCUCUGCCUUAUGAUCCUGGCAGCCCAGCUCUUUGUCGCCAUCUGCCCCUACGACACUGACGGCUAUGGAGAUGCCUCCAACUUCUUCAUGCAGUGCCUUGCCUUGCCCGUCGUUCUUGUCUUUUGGGUUGUUGGCUACAUCUGGAAGCGUACUGGCUGGCUCACCCUCGACCAGAUCGACCUCGAUGCUGGUCUCCGAGCUCACGACUGGGACGAAAUCAAUGCCUACCGUGCCAAGGUCGCUUCUUGGCCCAAGUGGCGCCAGUACCUUAACAACUUUUUCUAAGCUUGUAACAUGCUGUCAACCGUCUCGCGAAUUCGGGUUAGAAUUGGCCAGAAAUUUCGUAUGUAGCACUUGAAAUUCUCAGAUACCGACUAGAGAUAGUUAGCGAGGUUGCUAUUUAAUCAC